AUGGGUGAAGCCGUCGAGUUUUUCCAUGCAAAUGGUUUCUCUAACUUGACCCAAAAAUUUGAUCCUAAACUUGUACUUAAUGUUAAUGGUAACAGCCACUUAGACAGAGAUGGUUCCUGGUAUGAAGAAACCAUUGACGAUGAUCUCAAAUGGUCGUUUGCUCUCAAUGUCAAUGGAGUACUGCAUAAAGGGACGAGUGAGUUUCAAGAGAUAGCCUUGUUGGAUACAAAGCGUUUUGGGAAGGUUUUGGUGAUUGAUGGAAAGAUGCAGAGUGCAGAAGUGGACGAAUUUAUUUACCAUGAUAUGCUGCUGAUACUCUCUUUUGUCUCUCCUCUAUGUCAGUCCCAACAAUUGAGAUUGAGAAUGUGCAGGCCAAAAACUGUAUUUAUAAUGGGAGGUGGAGAAGGUUCAGCCGCAAGAGAAGCUCUCAAACACAAAUUACUGGACAAAGUGGUAAUGUGUGACAUCGAUCAGGAGGUGGUUGAUUUCUGCCGCAGACAUUUGACAGUGAAUCAGGAGGCAUUUUCUCACAAGAAGCUUAAUCUUGUUAUAAAUGAUGCCAAGGCUGAACUGGAGAAGAGUUGCGAAAAAUUCGAUAUCAUAGUAGGAGACUUAGCAGACCCAGUUGAAGGAGGGCCUUGCUAUCAACUCUACACAAAAUCUUUCUAUGAGCAAAUUCUCAAACCUAAGCUUAAUCACGGUGGCAUUUUUGUCACCCAGGCUGGACCAGCAGGCAUUUUCACCCACAAAGAGGUCUUCACCUCCAUUUUCAACACAAUCAAACAGGUCUUCAAGUAUGUGGUGGCAUAUGCAGCUCACAUACCAUCUUUUGCAGAUACAUGGGGAUGGGUUAUGGCCUCGGAUGAACCGUUCUCUAUCAAUGCUGAGAAAAUGGACAGAAGGAUAGAGGAAAGAAUUGAUGGGGAACUGAACUAUUUGAAUGGUGCUUUGUUCAUCUCCUCUGCAACCAUGAACAAAACUGUUUCUUUAUCGCUGUUGAACGAAACUCAUGUCUACACUGAGGAAGAUGCAAGAUUUAUUCAUGGACAUGGGGUGGCUUACCGCAUCAACUGA